UAAAACCAACUCUCGGCCAGUAUUUUCCCUCUUUUUCUCGUGCUUGAACCCUCCAAUUCCAUCGCCUCUCUUUCGCUCCAAUCUUCAUUCUAUUUCUCAGAUCAACCCUCACAAAACCCUCACACUCUCACUAACAACCAAAACCUCAAUUAUGUUCAUAACCCACCAUCCCCAAUUACCCACAAUUUGCUUUAAUUAAUUAUUUAAUUACUUGUGUUACUUUUCCUUAUUGGGUAUUUAUGGUUACUGGGAAUACUAUUCACAGAGACGAUGGGGACCGAAACCCACCUGCAACCGCCGCUUCUAGAGGCGGAGGAGGGGCUACGCGGUCGUGGGGCACCACCGUCUCCGGCCAAUCGGUGUCCACUAGCGGCAGCGUGGGGUCGCCGUCGCAGAGUAUGGCCACGCCGGCGAGUGACAAUACUUUUUUGAGGCUGAACCAUCUUGACAUUCAUGGGGAUGAUGCUGGCUCUCAAGGCGCUGUUGGUAGCAAGAAGAAAAAGCGAGGGCAACGGGUGGUUGGAGGAGAUAAGAGUGGUAGAGGACUUCGCCAAUUUAGCAUGAAAGUGUGUGAGAAAGUAGAAAGCAAGGGAAGAACCACAUACAAUGAGGUUGCAGAUGAACUUGUGGCUGAAUUUGCUGAUCCUAGUAAUAGUUUAGCAUCCCCAGAUCAGCAACAAUAUGACGAGAAAAACAUUCGACGAAGGGUAUAUGAUGCUCUAAAUGUACUCAUGGCCAUGGAUAUUAUAUCAAAGGAUAAAAAGGAAAUACAGUGGAAGGGUCUCCCUCGUACUAGCCUGAAUGAUAUCGAAGAAUUAAAGACUGAGCGUCUUGGACUAAGAAAUAGAAUUGAAAAGAAAGCUGCUUAUCUCCAGGAACUAGAGGAGCAAUUUGUAGGACUUCAAAACCUUAUACAACGAAAUGAGCAGUUAUACAGUUCUGGAGAUGCUCCCAGCGGUGGUGUUGCUUUACCUUUUAUUCUGGUGCAGACACGCCCUCAUGCAACUGUUGAAGUGGAAAUAUCAGAAGAUAUGCAGCUGGUGCACUUUGACUUUAAUAGCACCCCUUUUGAACUCCACGAUGACAAUUAUGUUCUUAAGGCAAUGAAGUUUUGUGAGAGACCACAAAGUGAUAAUAUGGUACCUAGUUUCCCUGUAGAUGGUGGUGAAGGUUCUAGCAUGUCAUCAGGUAUGUACCAGUCACAACUCCUUCCUCCACGAUCAAACACCUCGAGUAGGCCUCCAACCUCACCACCGAUCCCUGGUAUACUAAAAGCACGCGUCAAGCAUGAGCAUUGAUCAGCAACUUACAAAACUUGAUCAUCUUACCAUAGGCAAUUCUCUCUGCAUACCUGUAUAUUUGUGUAAAGUAAUUUGCCAGAAAGCUGGUAGCCCAGUUAUGGCUAUCUGCACCUCAUUAGAUUUUGCCCCCAAUGGGAGGGAAUAUUAAGGUAACUUGCAGAUCAUUCUCACUGCUUUUGGACAUCCUAGGGGUUUUGGCUCUGGCAAAUUCUGUGCUUUUAAUUUUUAAUAGCCAUUGUAAUUGUUUUAGCAUAUUUUUUCGUGUCAUUUUAUUUCCAUGUAGAAGUGAAUUUAUUUGUAUUGAACUGUAGAGGAUUUUCCAGCUGCAUACAGAAUCAUAGAAUUAAUUUUAACAAUUCGACCUGCUCAUUUUAUUCCACUUUACAUCUA